UGUCUAUAUAUACCUCCGACACAAUUGCAUUAACCACAUAAAGGACACAUACAUUCCAACAUUCGACAGAUUCGUCUAAGCAAAUGGCAUCCUCGGAAGGAAUCAUUUCAUUGGGACCAUGGGGAGGUUUAGGUGGCGACCGCUGGAGUUACAGGGCAAGCGGUGGGAUAACUGAGAUAGUCCUCCGUGUAGAAGGAAAUAUCAAGUCCAUUUCCUUCAAAGAUGCCAGUGGCCUGGUUUCUGGGACAUUCGGUGGCACUGGCAACGACCCUAAUGACAGGGGUAAAGAGAAAAAGAUUGCAAUCCAAUGGCCUUCAGAGCAUUUGAAAUCUAUAAGCGGAACUUGUGGAAGAUGCAAAGGAUUAUUAGUGAUCACUUCCCUAUCGUUCAUUACAAAUCUCACUACGUAUGGACCUUUUGGAACAGCUGCUCGUGAAACUUUCUCUAUCCCGAUAGCAGAUAGCACCGUGGUUGGAUUCCAUGGGAGAUGUGGUUACUACCUUGAUGCACUUGGUAUUUUUGUGACACCUGCAAAUUCGCAUGGAAGCAUUUCAGUUGGGCAAUGGGGUGGUCCGGGUGGAGAUCCUUUUAGUUUUAGGGUGGGAAGCUGGAUAAAAGAGAUAAUUGUUCAUGAAGGAACCAAUAUCAAGUCCCUCUCUUUUAAAGACGGAAAUGGCCAUGAGUAUGGAAAAUUUGGCGGCAAAAACGCUAAUGACACUGGUGAAGAAAGAAGAAUUGAGAUCGAUGGGCAUUCAGAGCAUCUAACAUCCAUAACCGGGACAUAUGGAGAUUAUGCUGGAAUGGUGGUGAUCACAUCACUAGCAUUCCAAACUAAUCUCACCACAUAUGGACCUUUUGGAAAUGCUACCGGCACUUCUUUCUCCAUACCAAUUGAAGGUUCGGUCGUGACUGGAUUUCAUGGAAGAGGUGGUUACUACCUUGAUGCACUUGGUAUUUUUGUGACACCUGCAAAUUCGCAUGGAAGCAUUUCAGUUGGGCAAUGGGGUGGUCCGGGUGGAGAUCCUUUUAGUUUUAGGGUGGGAAGCUGGAUAAAAGAGAUAAUUGUUCAUGAAGGAACCAAUAUCAAGUCCCUCUCUUUUAAAGACGGAAAUGGCCAUGAGUAUGGAAAAUUUGGCGGCAAAAACGCUAAUGACACUGGUGAAGAAAGAAGAAUUGAGAUCGAUGGGCAUUCAGAGCAUCUAACAUCCAUAACCGGGACAUAUGGAGAUUAUGCUGGAAUGGUGGUGAUCACAUCACUAGCAUUCCAAACUAAUCUCACCACAUAUGGACCUUUUGGAAAUGCUACCGGCACUUCUUUCUCCAUACCAAUUGAAGGUUCGGUCGUGACUGGAUUUCAUGGAAGAGGAGGCCACUACCUUGAUGCAAUUGGCAUCCAUGUGAAACCUAGGGACAUAGAAGGAACCAUUUCAAUAGGUCCAUGGGGAGGCCGAGGUGGGAGUCCAUGGAGUUAUAUAACAAAUCGAGGUAUAAACCAGAUAGUCAUCCAUGUAGGAUCAAACAUUAAGUCUAUAUCUUUCCGGGACACAACUGGCUUGGAUUCUGCAACAUUCGGAGGCGAAAACCCUAAUGACAUUGGUGAAAGGAAAACUGUUCUUAUUAACUGGCCUUCUGAACACCUGAUAUCCAUUAGUGGGACAUAUGGCAAUUUCAGCACUUUAUUAACGAUCACAUCGCUGUCAUUCACUACAAAUAGGGCUACUUAUGGACCUUUUGGAACCGGUUCUGGCACUCCUUUCUCCAUCCCCAUAAAUAAUAAUACGGUGGUUGGAUUCCAUGGAAGAGCUGGACACUACCUCGACGCCAUUGGCAUCUUUGUCAAACCACAGACGACAAUCUAACUUCUUAUUGGGAGAAAUAAGUUGUCUUAUCUCUAAAAUAUCCAUCGAUACAAUGUCAAUGCGUCGAUGCUUUGUUCAUGGUGUUGUUCUUAUAUGCUCUAAUAAUGUACGGAAAUUAAUGUGUUUUUGUUGUUUCUUAGUGUUGUUUACGAGGGCUUUGACAGCUCUCUGGUGUGCUCGUUUCCUUUAUGCUUCGUUGUAUCAUGUAUCAAUAAAUAUUGCGACUUUGAAUAAAAGCAGGGAUAAUGUAAACCCUAUCAGUGGUUGAAAUCCCUUUAGUAGUGAAAA